AUGUCUGCGAUCAGCGUUAAAAAUUUGACUUUCAAUCACGGUCCAUCGGGGCCUGCUCUAUUUGAUUUGUCUCUGGAGCUCCCCAAGGGUUCCCGGACGCUGCUUAUUGGGGCCAAUGGUGCUGGAAAAUCCACAUUACUCCAGGUGUUAGCGGGGAAGCGCAUGGUUCCCGGAGGUAUGAGAGUGACCAUACUUGGUCGAGAUGUCUUCAGAAACACCCCCGAGGGUAUUACUAUUCUCGGGACUGAAUGGGCUAUGAACCCCGUUGUUCGAUCUGACAUCGUUGUGUCGACAUUUUUGGACUCGGUCGGAGGAUACCGACAUAAGGAAAGGCGCGACAGACUUUUGGACAUCCUGGACGUCGAUUUAGAUUGGCACAUGCAUGCUAUCUCGGAUGGCGAACGAAGAAGAGUCCAAUUGACGAUGGGACUCAUGGCUCCAUGGGAUGUCCUGCUCCUUGAUGAGGUCACAGUCGACCUCGAUGUUCUCGUCAGGGACAAUUUAUUGUCAUUUCUGAAGGAAGAAUCUGAGCAACGUGGUGCCACCGUACUCUACGCCACACACAUCUUUGACGGCCUGAACACAUUCCCAACGCAUAUUGCGCAUAUACGUGACGGUCGCUUUGCGACCCCUCCCACUCCGUGGCCACUUCGCGACGGUGCAGUGGGGGCAGAGCGAUCUCCCGCUUUUGAAGCUAGCGUUUCACUGGUCGAGUCUCCGGCGAAUGUGGGAUCAGUCUUGUACGCCCUUGCCCUUGGAUGGCUGAAGGAAGAUAGAGAGAUUAGAAGACGCGCAGAAGCAAGUGGGGAGCGCAUAAAAACUCGGGGAGCACGAUAUGAGGUCAGUACUGCUCUCCAUGAGAAAGACAGAGCGACUGAGGCCCUCGUUCAUGUGCAGGCUGUUCCGACCGAGAGCGAGGUAUUCUACAAGAAGUAUGUUGUGUCCCAUUAUACACAUUGCUUGGGUCAUUUAUCCGGAAACAGAUACGACUACUCCCACUAG